AAAACUUGACCACAUCCUACACCUUUGGUUAGAGUACUCUACUAAUAGUCGCAACCCAGCUAAGAACGAACGCCUAAGAUGAAAACAUCCAAAUCAUCAGCCAGCGUUCGCGACAUCCGCAAGAUGUUCGAAAAGGAUUUUAAAUCACCUGUGGGUAAAAGUUUCAAGAAUGACUCUAAUUCUCCUCUCGACAGGACGGUUGCGGAGACUCCUAGCCCAGGAGGAACUGGGAUCUUUUCUCCCGAAUCUGUUCAAGUUAAGGCCCUUUCAAACACAGCGAACAAUUCAAGAAAAGCAAUCAAACUCAAGCCAUCCAUUGAUUCGUCUCCUGCAAAAUGUGCAGAAAAACCUUUUGACGAACUGACCCCUGAUGGAAAACGCGAAGCGAAGAUUGACUUUAAGUCUACCACCAACAGCGAAAACGGCGAUUACUUGGUGAAGAAGACAACUCAAUAUGAACGUUAUCUUUCACAGAUCACGAAUUACGGCGUAUCGUCUCCCGAGCAUCAGUCAACAUUGUUGGAAAGCAAGCCUAAGGUAGCGGCACCAAUUCCAUUUCUUUACACAGGAUCGCCUGAACAAGGCACCUUCUCUCCGCUUGCGACAAACAUAUCCUUAUCAGAUGAGGUUGCAUUGGCAGAGGAGCUUGGAAUGGCUGAAAGAAGGGCAUUUGUGCAAGAAUCUAAAAGGUUGCUCCGACCUACCUCACCUCCGUCGAUUACCACCGGCGUUGAUCCUGUGCAAUUUGUAGCUUCUCCGACAUCGCCUGUGAGCCGCAUCUCUUUGCCUUCCUAUCAUGAAAAAGAGAACAAAGCUACUGCGACACCUACUCCUGUGAAGCCGUAUUCUUUAUUCAAAUCAGCUGAAAAGAAGGGCAGUAAUAGGAAUUAUGGCAACGUUGAUCAAAUCUCGGCACGCGAGAUUACAGAUGCUGCAGUAGCAGCAGCAACUGAAGCGAAGUACUACAAGAGCUCACCAGUCGAAAACCCGUUGCCCAGGAAAAAGGCUCUUCGGGACACACCAGGAGCUCCUGAGCACGCACCUCUGUGGAAUUCGAUGCAAAUGCACCAGGGGAAAGAAAAAGCAGAGAAACCUUUCGACUGCGCCCAUGGCUCUCCUACGGAGAACACGCAAGACAGUGAGAAGCUUCAAUUCCUAGAGGAAGGGAAGAGCGAUGUCAAAUCCAAAAGAAUCUCUUCACGCAAACUCUUCCGUUGUCCAAAUACAAACUUGGAAGGCAUCAAAGCCAAGCAACAGCACAAAGGUCCUUCUGCUUUAACCCCGAACCAGGUACUCGAAACAAUGAAAAUCCUUCGCGACACGGUUGUCGAGAAAUCCGAGAUUUAUGCAUUUGAUGAGAAGUCUACUGGAGAGAGCUUUGAUGACGAGCCCUUUGCGCCUCUCACGUUUAAUACUGAUGAUAAGAACCUUGAUUCACCAAACCACUCAGGACGCUCUAUCCGCAGUGGAAGCCCGAAUAAAAACAAGAAAAGAUUGUUUUCAGACGAGAAAGAAGGAAGAAAAUGCGCUGAGAUUGCAUUCUAUGUCUGCGUUUUACUUGCCCUAGUUGUUUGCGGUAUUUUGGCUGGACUUUUGGUCAGCGGACAGUUCCAUUUCUGGUCAGAAGAAAAACCGAGUCUAGGGGAAACCUGGGACGAAGAAACCAUAACCAGUAUGGUGACGUCCUAUCCCACAGAAUAUAUCAACGAUUCGAACGUGUUUGAGGGUUCAAAAAUUGUGGCCUGUGGAAACGCUGUUCCAAUUACUGAAAUGGAUCAUACAUACUAUGGAAGCAAUUGGAAGGCAUUUUGGGACCCAACAAUCGAUACAUGUGGUGAUCAAAUGAGCACAGGAUACGCCGUGUGGUACUCUUUCACCACAGCAUCAAGCAAACUUAUAGAAGCUUCGACUUGUGAUAAUUCGGAUUUUGACACUCAAAUUACUAUUAUGUCGGGCUCUUGCAAUGCAACAAAAUGUAUUUCAUACAAUGACCAAGGUUGCGGUGAUCAAAGUUUGGUAACAUGGUAUGCAGAAGCCAAUACGACUUACUACAUAAUGGUUCAUGGUUAUCGCGAGGCUGCCGGAACUUUUGGGCUUACUUUGAGCGAAGCUUAUCAAAGUGACGACUGUGACACUGCAGUGCAGUUGGAAGAGGAAUCUGUUCUGGCGGGUACUACUGCAGGUGUUUUUUCUUCGAUACAACCUCCUCAGUGCGGUGACGUUGACCUCUCGGACAGUGGUGUUUGGUACACAGUUGGCAAUGUUUCUGGGUUUUACAAGGCAGAGGUAUUGCUUGGUUAUACCAACUUCUCAGGUCAGGUGUCCGUUUACCAAAGCAUGAAUGAAACCGAUUCUGGUUGUAGCGCUCUUAUGUGUGAAAAAGGAAGCUCUACUGGAAGCGUCAUGUGGUUGGCCGAAGCUACGAAAACGUAUUACGUGUACAUCAACGGAAAGGAUGGAACUAGCGGUGACUUCGAUCUUUUCCUAGGACAGAAUAAGGCUUCAUCCUGCAAUUUUGGAACACGAAUCGAUGCCAAUAGUAUUGGAUACCUUUCUUCAACGAAAGGCCUAAAUCCACAAAAUGUUGAAGGUUGUGGACACGCAGGUUAUCAUACUGCGCCUGGUGUCUGGUUCUCCGUCGAGGGAACUGGUGAUGUCUUGGAAGCAUCCACUUGUGGAUCAUCCCUUGAUCUAGAUACGCAAAUUUCUGUGUUUGGAAAUGGCUGUGAUUCGUUAAAAUGCAUCGCAGGAACUGGCCAGAACCACCCAUGCGGUGAGAAUGGAUCCGUAACUUGGAAGAGUGAACUCAGUGAAAUCUAUCACGUUUAUGUCUCUGGAAGAAGUGGCCGUGUCGGUGACUUCAUCUUGAACAUCAAUGAUGUACCUGUGGCGGAUGGUUUAUCCUGCGAUGGGUCGUUUCUACUCGAAGGAGAUAGUGGAUCUAUUCAGUCAAACACCACUUAUGCUCCGUUGGCACUCAUCGAAGGUUGUUCUGGCACGUAUGAUGUCCAAGGAGUUUGGCAUAAAAUUAUUGGUACAGGAAUGACAAUGACGUUUUCAGUUUGCAACGGUGGAACUGACUUCGAUGCCCGCAUUUCCAUGUUCACUGGAUCUUGUAAUGGACUCACUUGUACUGCUCAAACUGAAAGUCGAUGUGGUGAGAAUGACAAAAUCAUGAUCACAACGCACGUGGGCGAGACUUACUACUUGUUCGUCCAUGGAUCAACCGGUUCUUCUUUUGGAAAUUAUUUGUUGACUGUCGACGAGACAGAAAUAAAUGAUUCUUGCGGAAAGGCUUCUACGUUGGAUGUGUUGUCAUCCGGAAAAUAUUUUGGAAGUACACUCAGUGCACAGAAGAGUUCGGCCAUCGGAUGCUCUAUGGAUGUGCUUUCAGAGUCAAAUGCCCUUUGGUAUGCUUUCAAGGGCACUGGUGAUGUGGUGACUCUUUCAACUUGCUCAUACUUGACUGACUUCGGUACAGACGUUCGCAUAUACAGUGGCAGUUGCGCUAAAGCACAGUGCGUCUCUGAUGUCGAUAAUAGUUUUGCCGUCAAUGGUUGUGGUCAGCAGAGUCGCAUUUCUUUCCAAUCGAAUAGUGAUGAGUUAUACUAUGCUCGAAUCGGUGCAGAGUCAGCCAAUGAUGCUGGAAGCUUUGUCCUGGAGGUGAAUCCAAGAAACACUUUCUUCGGUCCAUAAAAAUAGCGAUUGUACGGUCACUAUUUCAGGUAAAGACAUCUUAUAGCCCGACACAGUAGCGGGAUUGUGACAGAGUGUCUAGGAAAUAACAGUCAUUAUACAGUUUGUAUGUUAACAAUCCAAAUUAUAAAUAGCAAACUGAUCUCUUGUUUACUUCAUAGAUUGAAAGUGAAAAUGCAGUCGAAAGCACGAGAAUCCACCCGAAAAUAUGUAAGUUUUUCCCUUGAGAGCAUCCCCAUCCUAGCAUACCGCCAAGUUCACACCGCAUUGCAUUUAUUUGUCAACUGGUGGCAUUACUGGACAAACCAUGGGACGAAACGUAAACAAAGGAUGGUCGAUAUCAAAGUUUGAAUUAUUCAUGUCGAACAUAGGUUUCAUAAAGAUCGGGAUCCUGUCUUUUGUUUUUGACUUUUUUGCUUCCUCUUGCUCUUCAUUCAAGUUCUGAGCAUCAACAGUCUCUUCCAAACUCUUUCUGAUGAUCGAAAUAGUGAUGUCACCCUUUUCUAGCUCCUCAACCACAGUGUCCACAUGUUUUUCUUGCCAAUGUUGUUCUCUACGGGGACGUUUUCUCGGCGAUGACAUGGGAUUGACGCCUUCGGCAAUAUCAUCACGACGUUUUCGCAUCCCCUCUAGAAGUGCAAAAAGUGAUCGAGAAACAUCGGGAAUAUACUUGACGAGUUUCG